AUGAGCUCACCACUCAAGGCAUUACAUAGGGCUAUCACGUCCAACGAGCCUCUAGUACUCCUCAAGAUAGAUGGGGAUAAUAAAGAGGUCACCGAGUCAAUCAAGGACGCAACUCAUGUCGAAUUAGACAAAGAGACAUAUCCGUUAGACACUAUCACUAAUUUCUACAAUGAAGACAAAAAACAGGAUUUGCGAGCCGUGUUGUUCUGCUGGAUCCACGACAAGUCAUCUAUUGUCGAUUACAAAGAUGCCUGUUCCGAGUUAGGCAUUGCCGACUUUAAAUUCUUGGUUAAAACUGAAUUGACAACUUGGUUGAAUGGGAACUCUGACUCCUGUACUUUUAUCAAGGAUGAAGAUGUUUCAACCGCCACUUCCAAGCCUGACGAAGUUGUGAGUGAAAGCACAAAGAGAAAACUUGAAGAUCCACAAUUAGCCCGAAUCGGCCAGUUUGAAAUCGAAUCUAUCGAUCACAAUGCCGCCUUGCGUGGUUCGAAAAACAUUGACUUUGGAUACUUGGUAUCUGACGCCAAAAAGUUCAUUCAUCAAUUGAAACGAUCAAAGACAGCCACACCAAAGUCUAAAGUAACAUCCAACAAGAAACAACCGAUUAUUAUUGUAUCUCCAGCCACAUCAGCCUUGUUAUCCUUAUCUAAUAUCAAAGAGUUUCUUGAAGAUGGGAAAUUCGUGGAACCAGUGCCUACAAAUAGACCCACUGGUGGCUUAGUCACCAUCCGUCAUCCACCUUCUGACAAACUCAUCUCUUCAGCAUCGCAAAUCAUGGUGGUUGACAACGUCGACAUGUUUAACAAGCCAGAAUAUUGGGACAGAGUGAUCGCCAUAUUCACCACGGGUCAAGCCUGGCAGUUCUCCAAGUACAAAUACUCCAAGCCGGAGGAAUUAUUCCAAAAGUACCAUGGGUUCUACUUCGGAUACCACGGUGAAGCAUCUCCUCGACAAAUCAAAGAUUGGAACGUGAGUGAAAUAAAAGUCGACAGAGACAAGCGGUUCAGAGACCGUAUGAUUGUCAGAGAUUUCUGGGCGGAUAUAGAUAAGAUCUUGGUGAAUCGCGGGUAUGGAAAAUAG